AUGACGCCCGACACACGCGACUCCGAGUCCCAACAGACAAGCGCCCAAGCUUCCGAAGAGCUUCACCAACAAUGCGUUGACCUUCUUGGGGAGAUAGAUGCGUUCCAAUCUCUGCUCAACAGCACACUCCGCAAUCCACAACUCGUGGAGCUGCGCCAAUUCCGAUCAAAUGUGAAUUCCGAAUUCAAGAUGCUGCAAAGACUGGAAACCCAGAUGCAAGCUUCUGAUGCUACAGAUGGAAACGAGCAGGAUUAUGAUGCCGAGAUGCGAUUCCUGCACGCAUUGCGCUCGUCCAAUUUGCCUUUUUACCAGGCUGUGUGGAACAUUGCGCGCGGAUCCUGUGGCGGGCUUCUGGCGAUGGGGAAGCGGUUUUACUGGGAUCGGAAGGCGUGGCCGCUUGAAGAGAAGAAGGCGCAGAAAGGGGAUGGGUCGUGGGAGAAGACUAAGCAGCCCAAUAAAGAUAAGCGCAAGAGUGUGUUUGUUGAUAUUGUGGCUGAUGACGGCGAGUCGUGGGUGAAGGUUUCGACUGUUUCGGAGAGCCGACUGCUUUUUGACAUGGCGAAGAAAGGCUGGGAGAGAGAUAGUGAUUCCGAUGCCUUCUCCGAUGAAGAUGGCGAGCGGUCGCCGAAGAGGACUGUGUUACGCAACUUUGACGGGGAGGACUCGGGAGAAGACUCGGAUGAUGAUGAGCUGGAGCUUAUUAAACUGGCACGCGAUCUAAGGAAGGCGGCCGAUGCUACGCGAGUGAGAUACAGACAUCCUCGACUACGUAUUGUUCUACCGAAAAUUGAGGAGGGAAAUGUUCCUGAGAUCGACGAUGUUCUUAAGGAAAUGCGGAGUUAUGGUAUUAAAGUGGAAUGCCAGGACAGUAUGUCUGCGAAUGCCAGCCAGGCAAAGCUCGCUUGUCUCCUUCCCCAGCCAUUCAAAAACUUCACUUCCGCCGUGAAUAUCGACUGCACCCUCCUACUCGCAAUAGUGUCCGAUCUAUCUCACAUCAAGGACAUCGCCAUAUUGCCAAGCUUUCAUCGAGCCAUCGUGCGGCAGAUCGAGGUUGAGAAGGAGCAACCACUCCUUCCAACAGAGCUUUGGCCCGCAAUGGGUGCACACGAGCUGCUUUGCACCAAGGAAGCCGCAAAGCGAAUGCGUGAGAUCGUUGAGACCAUUGGUACAGCAACGGAGAAAGAACGGAUGGACCUCUUAUUGGGAACUGCUCCAAACGAUCAACUUGAUCGUGAGUCACUUAUUCGAAAAUUCCAGGGCGUGUCCGACUGGCAGGUUCCGGUGGAUUGGGUACUACCUAUUAGGAUAGUCGAUGCGCAGCCAGCGAUUGAGGCAGCAAAAGCAGAGGGAAAACUUCCCCCAGUAGCCGACGAAGUUGCACAAGUCUUGUCGGAUAUCAAUCAUAGCGUGUUCAUGUAUGGAUGGGCAACUGGCUUGACAACAAUUUCUAGUAAUCGGACCAUCGAUAAACAGAUCGAGGUCACGAUUGAGAAUAGCAGGCGGACAGAUGAGGAUGAUGCUGUCGAAGGGCCCCCAGUUUGGAUUUGCGAUACUGCUCGCAGCUUGGCGGGAAAAGAUAAAGGCCGCAAAUGA